AAUAACCCUCUCCCUGAACUUAACACAGACACUCUCUCUCUUUCCUCCAAGCGUUGUUUGGUCUGAUUUUGCCCCCCCCCCUCUCUUUCUCCCUGUGAAGUAAUAAUACCCAUUGCAGUAAGAGAGGCAACUAAAAUGGGUUGCUUUUCCUGCGCCGGAAAGUCCAGCAAAAAUGACAGUAAGAAGAAGCCUGAUGAUCAGAUCCCAUCAUCUUCAGAUGGUGUUAAUUUCAUUUCAGAUAAAACUAAGUCAAAUGGUGCACCAGAUGUCAAGGAGGCUUCCAAGGAUGGAGGCUCUGAACACAUUGCAGCACAUACAUUCACAUUUCGCGAACUGGCAAAUGCAACAAAGAACUUCAGGGCGGAUUGUCUUUUGGGUGAAGGAGGUUUUGGCAGAGUAUAUAAAGGGAGAUUGGAGAGUACCAAUCAGGUUGUAGCUAUCAAGCAACUUGAUCGUAACGGGCUGCAAGGGAAUAGAGAAUUCCUUGUUGAAGUAUUGAUGUUGAGCCUACUCCACCAUCCAAAUCUUGUUAACUUGAUUGGCUAUUGUGCCGAUGGAGAUCAAAGACUUUUGGUUUAUGAAUACAUGCCAUUAGGAUCUCUGGAAGACCAUCUAUAUGACCUGCCACCUGAUAAAAAACGACUUGACUGGAAUACAAGAAUGAAAAUAGCUGCUGGUGCUGCGAAAGGCUUGGAGCAUUUGCAUGAUAAAGCUAACCCCCCUGUUAUAUACCGUGAUUUGAAAUGCUCAAACAUUUUACUCGGCGAAGGUUAUCAUCCCAAACUAUCUGAUUUUGGCUUGGCGAAAUUGGGUCCUGUUGGAGACAAGACCCAUGUAUCCACAAGAGUGAUGGGAACCUAUGGAUAUUGUGCACCUGAAUAUGCAAUGACAGGACAGCUUACUCUGAAAUCAGAUGUUUAUAGCUUUGGGGUUGUUCUCCUUGAGAUUAUCACGGGAAGGAAAGCUAUCGAUAAUUCAAGAGCUGCUGGGGAGCAUAACCUGGUUGCAUGGGCACGGCCCUUGUUUAAAGAUCGAAGGAAAUUUGCACAGAUGGCUGACCCCUUACUCCAUGGCCAGUAUCCAGCGAGGGGCUUGUAUCAAGCUCUUGCUGUAGCUGCAAUGUGUGUUCAAGAACAGCCUAACAUGCGACCCCUUAUAGCUGAUGUAGUCACAGCACUUUCUUAUCUUGCUUUGCAGAAAUAUGAUCCAGAGACCCACCCAGUCCAGGGCUCUCGCACAGGCCCUUCUACUCCCAGAACUAGAAGAGAACAAUGAAGUUGGUAGAGGAGAGAUUUAGUGAGAACAGUUGUCCAAGGAUGGUUCAAUCCUUGGAAAUCAACUAUUAGACCGCUAUCAUCCUGCAAACCAUGGGAACACAGGAUGUUUCACCCAAACAUCUUUCUUUCCAUGAUUCAGAGAUCAGUGGAUUGGAGUUCAGUAGUGUGCAAUUGUUGGCUGCAUUUGCAAUGGUACUUGUCGAUGAAAUCCUGCAGCAGUUCCAGACACAGUGCUGCAAUAGAAAAUUCCUCCGCCGCUGUUUUGUAAGAUUCGUCUUGGCCUUACAAAUAUCAUAAUUCCCCCCCGUCUUCCAACCCUCGUACAAAAAUUUUUCAUGUACAAUUGAGCUUGGGGCUUUGUAUCUAAUUGUCUUCCAUAAUAGAAACUUGUGCAGCCUUGAAAAAAAUCUGCUUGGAAUUA